AAGAACUUCCGGGGUAAUUUUGUAACUUGUAUACAUAACACAUCGUAACACCGAGAGAGAAAGUACCUGCUAACCUGUCAACGGUCCCCGUUCCCAUGUCUACAGCGGUGCUUGUAGCUGCUGUUGUCGGCGGUGGGGUACUGCUCCUUAUGCGCCGUUUGUUCCCCCGGCAGAAAGCCGUAAAGCUCCUCCGUUAUCCGGCCAACACCAUGCGAGGAAAGACGGUCAUUGUAACCGGGGCUAACUGCGGGAUAGGGAAGGCCCUGGCCGGGGAGCUGCUAAAACUCCAUGCCCGGGUCAUCAUGGCUUGUCGGGACCAGCGGAGCGCCGAGGAGGCGGCUAAAGACAUCAAGAAACAUGCGGGACCAGAGCAGGGAGAGGUGGUCAUCAAACACCUGGACCUCGCCUCUCUCAGAUCAGUGCAAAAGUUUUGUGAGGAAAUUAAUGAGGAGGAAUCAAAGAUCGAUGUGCUUGUCAACAACGCCGGCCUGUACCAGUGUCCCUACACAAAGACAGAGGAAGGGUUUGAGAUGCAGUUUGGCGUGAAUCACCUGGGCCACUUCCUCCUCACUCACCUCCUGCUGGACCUCCUAAAGUCCUCAGCUCCCAGCCGCAUCGUAGUGGUUUCCUCCAAGCUCUACAAGUACGGCCACAUCAACUUUGAUGACCUGAACAGUGAGAGAAACUACAACAAGUCCUUCUGCUACAGCCAGAGCAAACUGGCCAACCUGCUGUUCACUCUGGAACUGUCCCGGCAGCUGGAGGGAACGGGGGUCACGGUCAACGCUCUCACCCCUGGCAUCGUGAGGACCAGACUCGGCAGACAUGUUCAAAUCCCUCUCCUGGCUAAGCCGCUGUUCUACCUCGCCUCGCUACUCUUUUUUAAGAGUCCGUUGGAAGGGGCCCAGACUCCGCUCUAUCUAGCCUGCUCCCCCGAGGUGGAGGGAGUGUCGGGGAAGUGUUUCGCUAACUGUGAGGAGGAGCAGCUGAUGGAGAAAGCCACAGAUGAGGAGGCAGCCAAGAGACUGUGGGACAUUAGCAGGAGGAUGGUCGGCCUCGCUAACUGAGCCCAGGCCUGUUCUGAGGACUUUGAGUUAUCUGGCCCCGGACAGAACCGCCUCCAUCCAGGAGCACGUAAUUGUCUUGGAUUGUUUCCAGGUGUAACCUUGGGGAUAUAGCUGAUAAUUAAAUGACAUAUUGUGCAAACCAAGUGUAUAAACCAAGUGUGUGUGAGCAGGAGUGCACAUUGCAGUGUGAUAAUUUGAGAAAGUGUAAUGCUGUGAAUUAUAAAAAUGUGUGCCUGCACAGUGUGAUGGUUUGAGCUAAGAGGCAACGCUGUGUGAAAGAUUUCUCCUUCACUGCAGUAAUGUUCCUCAUGUACAUGUUUAUAUGGAAAAAAACAGAAUUAAAACUACAUGGUUACCUCA